CCCUGACCGUCAACUCGACAACAAAGACUGCACUGUUUCCAAACCUAGCCCACGAAAACGGUGUGUGUGAAUUGCCGCCUGCUCGACUUGCUCCGCCAGAAUUACGAUGCUGGACCUCCGUCCAAUGACCCGGUAGCAAAUAAAAUACCCCAGCCUCAACCACAACUAGCUCGCCUUCCGUGUGCGUGUCUUUCGUGAGGACCGUAACGCAGCUCUCUAAGCGACCUCUCCGCAAACUUCGUCCUCGUCGUGGUCGUGUACCAUGGACGCUCAGCAGGUCGAAAAUGCCAUCGAGAUCGCCUGGAACCCCUCUCCCGACCCAAACAUCCAGAGCCUCCGCGCCCAAGCCCUCGAAUUCCUCAAUCAGCUGCGGGCCGACCCCACCGCCUGGCAGGUCUGCCUGGUCCUGUUCACCCGCGACCCUCGUCCUCUUGAAGUGGUGCGUCACUUCUCUCUGGAGGUGGUCAACAAUGCUGUCCAGGAGCACCGGCUGGAUGCCGAGAGUCUGGGCUACAUCAAGGAAAAUCUCAUGGGCUAUAUACGGCAGAUGUACACCCCCGGCUCUCGACAGGACACCGUCGACACGGCACAUAUCCAGAACAAGCUCACGCAGACCAUGACAUACCUCUUCGCUUCAUUAUAUCCGUCUAGCUGGCAGACUUUCUUCGACGAUUUCCGGGCACUCGCUGGGGACACCACGGCUAUUGGCAGUGUCAAUGUUGCCGGAACUAUAUUAUAUUUGCGGAUGCUCAGUCAAGUGAAUGAUGAGAUUGCAGAUGUUCUCGUCUCGAGAUCCUCGGAAGAGCAGAGACGCAACACUGACCUCAAGGAUCUGGUCCGGGCAAGGGAUGCCCAGAAAAUCGCCGUCUCGUGGCAAGAGAUUCUCGCCAAGUGGAGGCAAAUUGACCUGAUGAUGGUGGAGAUGUGCCUAAGAACCGUCAGCCGAUGGGUCAGCUGGACUGAAAUUUCUCUCAUCGUCAACGAGGCCAUGAUCACCAACUUCCUCGAAAUGGCUGGACAACAGGGCAUUUCUUCUCCUGAGAGUCCGGAGGGAAAGGUCCGAGACGCAGCAAUCGAUACUUUCACGGAGAUUGUGGGCAAGAAAAUGAAACCUGCCGACAAGAUCGAGUUGAUACUAUUCCUGAAUCUCGGGAAUGUGGUUGGGCAAUUAAUCAGUAGUCCAGCUCUGUCCGAACUUAGAUCUACCUCGGAUUACGACACUGACCUUGCAGAGACAGUGGCAAAGCUUGUCAACAUGACGGUCUUCGACAUUGUGAAAGUGCUGGACAACGACUCUGUAGACGACCGAUCAAGACAGAUCGCAGAUGAGCUGUGUCAACUCUUUAUUCCCCAUCUGCUUCGGUUCUUCUCUGACGAAUACGACGAAAUCUGUUCGACAGUCAUCCCGUCCUUGACUGACCUUCUUACUUUUUUCCGGAAGCUGAAGAGGGCUAAAGGAGAGCUACCCCCUCAUUAUUAUGCCUUGAUAGGCCCAAUUCUGGAUGCCAUUAUAUCCAAAAUGAAAUACGACGAGACUGCCUCCUGGGGAGAGGAAGAUGAGCAGACUGACGAAGCAGAAUUUCAGGAGCUCCGCAAACGACUCCAUGUCCUCCAGCAGACGGUUGCCGCAACAGAAGAGCCUUUGUAUAUUGAUACCUUAAGCCGUGUGGUGGGAAACACUUUCAGUAAACUCGGCUCCAACGAUCCCUCGCUGAACUGGCGAGACCUGGAUCUUGCAUUGCACGAAAUGUUCCUUUUCGGUGAACUAGCCGUAAAAAACCAGGGCCUCUAUCAAAAGCGAGAGCCCUCUAGUGUUGCAUCUAAUAGACUGAUAGAAAUGAUGUCCAGCAUGGUCGAGUCUGAAAUCGCUACAUAUCCACAUCCCUCAAUCCAGCUUCAGUACAUGGAAAUUUGCGUCCGCUAUUACCAGUUCUUCGAGCAAAACUCGGCCUCAGUCCCGCGAGCUCUAGAGAACUUUGUCCGCCUAACCCACCACGACCACAUCAAGGUUCGGACGCGAUCCUGGUACCUCUUCCUCCGAUUUGUGCGACCUCUUCGAUCACAAGUCGGCGGCGUCUCUCAGACCAUCAUUCAAGCCAUUGGCGACCUACUUACCAUCAAAGCUGAGCUCCCAGAUGAUUCGGGUGAUGACGAUAUGUCAUCGGAUGAGGAUGAUCAGUCUGCUGACGCGGUAUUCACAGCCCAGCUCUACCUUUUCGAAGCUAUCGGGGUUAUUGCGUCCACCGCUUCUGUACCCGCGGAGAAUAAAAUCCUCUAUGCCCGAUCGGUCAUGGGACCUUUAUUCGCAGACAUGGAACAGACUUUAGGGCCAGCCAAGAAUGGCGACGAAAGAGCUGUGCUUCAAAUUCAUCAUAUUAUCAUGGCUCUAGGUACUCUGUCGAAAGGAUUCUCAGAAUGGGUAUCCGCUUCCCCAGGGGCCCUUCCGCCAGUAGAGUUCUCUGACGAGUUUGUCAAGGCAUCAGAAGCUAUUCUGGUGGCAUUGGAAUCUCUGAACUCUUCAAUGAAUAUCAGGACUGCAGCCCGAUCUGCCUUCUCUCGUAUGAUUGCCGUUUUGGGCUCUCGCCUGCUGCAGCAGCUACCUCGUUGGAUCGACGGGCUGUUGUCCCUCAGCUCUACCAAAGACGAAAUGUCAUCUUUCCUGCGGGUCCUUGGCCAAGUUACUUUCACCUUCAAGUCCGAGAUAUUCGGAAUUCUAGAUACUCUACUUACACCACUCCUUCAACGCAUCUUCGCAAGCCUGGCCGAGCCGACAGCAGGCACUGAUGACGUAAUUCAGCUUGGAGAGCUGCGUCGCGAAUACCUCAACUUCCUUCUCAUCCUGCUGAACCAGGACCUCGGAUCCGUCCUAGUCAGCAACACCAACCAAGCAACCUUCGACACCAUCAUCGGAACCCUCGAGCACUUCGCGCGCGACACAAGCGACUACCCUAAUGGCCGCCUCUCUAUCUCCGUCCUCAUUCGUAUGACAGCCGUUUGGGGCGGGCCGGACAAGAUCGCCGAAGCGGGCAACCCCGCUGCCACAACUGCCGACCCUACCUCUCCCAUCUCAACCGCAUCGCCGCUCCCAGGCUUUGACACCUUUGCCGUCUCCCGCUUCUCGCCCCUCGCAUGGAGCAUCCCCGCGAGCUCAGGCUUCAGCGCCAAGGACCCACAGGCGCGCCAGGUCCUGCUCGAGGUCGCCGGGCUGCAAGUCGAGAUCUACAAGAAAGUCGGCGUUGGCUAUCUCGAGCGUCUCCGCGAAGAACUCGGUGGCAUGGGCGUCCCAGCGCAGGAGGCAGAAGUCUACGUGACGCAAUUAGCUGGCGCACUCAAUACGGGCACUCCGGCUGCCAAGGGGCAGAAGGCCGAUCCGAUGAAGGGGUGGCAGAACUUUUUUGUGGGGUUUGUUGGAAGGGGUGCAUAGCGUGGUUUUCUGCGACUGGAAAGUUGGCUUCUGCUUUGGUUAUCAAGGUGCGGAUGUUCUUGGACGGCAUGGAUGCAUGGAUAUGAUUCAUGAUACCGAUGGAUGAGUUGCUGGGUAGCAUUUUGGUGAAUGUAUCUUGAGCCUGUGACAGGGACUACUGGUGAGUGAUCAAGAGUGCAUAGCUAAGGUAGCGAAGAACCUCUGGCCUUCUGCUAGAAUAUCUGAUAUGUGUGCGGAUAUCCUAGGCUCACGUGAUAUAUCACGUGCAAAAUUGGCCGAUUCAGCGUCAACGUAUUAACUAAGAGUAUAAAAUAACGUCGAACGGUG